AUGCAGGUGGGGAUAGUUGGACGGACCGGAGCUGGGAAGUCCUCUCUGGCUUUGGGAAUCUUCCGGAUUCUGGAAGCAGCAAAGGGACGAAUCUUUAUCGACGGGAUCGACAUCGCACACAUCGGCCUUCAUGACCUCCGCUCCAGAAUCACCAUAAUUCCUCAGGACCCUGUGCUGUUUUCUGGUUCUCUGAGGAUGAACUUAGAUCCCUUUGACACAUGUUCAGAAGAGGAUAUCUGGAACGCUCUGGAACUCGCUCACCUGAGCAGCUUUGUGUCUGCACUGCCACAAAAACUGAACCAUCAGUGCUGUGAAGGAGGAGAGAACCUCAGUCUCGGUCAGAGGCAGCUGCUGUGUUUGGCCCGAGCGCUCCUGAGGAAGACAAGGAUACUGGUUUUGGAUGAAGCCACAGCAGCCGUGGACCUGAAAACAGACCAGCUUAUUCAGUCCACCAUCCGGACUCAGUUUGAUGACUGUACAGUACUGACCAUCGCUCAUCGCCUCAACACUAUCAUGGACUACACAAGAGUCAUUGUGAUGGACCGAGGCUCCAUUGCAGAGAUGGACUCGCCCUCUCAGCUCCUCCGCCUGCAGGGAAUAUUCUAUCAGAUGUGUGUUGAGGCUG